AUGGCUCCCAACCAACUGGUUGACAAACUGAGUGAUACCUUGAAGGGGCUGGUCAUCAGUGCCAGUGGGAAUAUCCCCGGUUAUCAACAUGAGAAAAUCAAGGAGAUGGUGGAACAAUGCGGUGCGAGGUUUGCCACGAUGGAUAUCGCCCAGUGUACUCAUCUGGUGACCACAGAAAGCAAUGUCAAGAGAAAGCUGCAGAAGAUCACCAAGGCGCGCAAACAGGAAGGUUGUCAAAUUGUGGAUAUCAACUGGCUGCUCAGGAGCAUUGAAAAGAAUCUCCCAGCGAAUGUCCACGAAUAUCUACUCUCAAAGGAUGGGGCGGAACUGGGCGAUACUAAAGGCAAAAAGCGUGCACGGGAACAUUCUCUUGCGGAUGAAGUUGGCGCCUCGAAGAAGAAGAAGGACGAAGAGCGAAUCAUCCGCAAGUAUUUGACCGACUUGGUUGACAAGGGAUACCCAGAGCCGAGUGUUCAGCUUGCCGUUUGGCAGGACGAAGGAUUGAUAUGGGAUGCCACAUUGGCCAGCCUUGACGCGACAGGGUCACAGGUCAGGAUCUUGCGCAUCCAACUCCUCCAUCAUCAGGAAUCGCAGCAGUUCCACAUCUGGGAAUUUGAAUAUCGUACUGGAUCAUCCGAAGAAUCGAAGUCGGUUGGCACCAUUGGAGGCUUGGAAUCGGCCAAACUUGCGUUUGAGACAGCUUUCGAGAAUCUUAGUGGCUUGGUCUGGGAAAAGCGCCAUGCUACCCCGAUUGAGAACAAUUGGGUUUUCCUUGAAAUGGAUCACAAGGAGAAUCUCAUUCUCCCCAGCGAGAUAAUCAAGUUGCCCGCCAGUGUUGAAAAUGUCUUGGAAUUUAUCUUCAAAUCAGGUAAUAUGAAUGUUUACACUGGGAUCCUGACCAACAGUGGGCGCAAUGUUCUGCAGGGGGGCAAAUUGGAGAAGAAGAAACUUCUGGUUGGGGUGGCAGUUUUGAAGAAGCUGAUGAAGCUAACUAAAGCUUCCAAGCCGACACCUGACAAAAAGAUCAAAGCUAAGGGGGUAUUGGGCAGAAUCUACCAAAGUUUGAUUCUAACAGCCAAUGCCCUUUCAGUCGUCCAGAAUGAGCGGGUCUUUAACAUCUUCCGGCUCGAACGUCCAGGGGAAGCAGAGCGCUUUGCCCAAUGGAAGAAAGCGCACAGCGAGAAUAUUGGAGAUCGACGGCUACUGUGGCAUGGCUCUACUUCCGGAAAUUUUGCGGGUAUCUUGAGCCAAGGGCUGCGUGGCGACGGAAUUGCCAGUCUUGAUGGGAAAAACUUCUGUCCUGGAGUGUACUUUGCCGACAUGUCCACCAAAUCGGCAGGAUAUUGCCGAAUUCAGGGCGGGCCAGCCUUGAUGUUGCUGUGUGAAGUUGAGCUAGGCAUGGAAUCAGCUCCGAAAGAAUCGAGCAUAGCACGUCGACACAUUGGAAACACUAUUCAUAACAAGUGGCGUGAUGCAGGAUAUAUCCACCCUGAUUUGGAAGGGAUGCUUGUGCCAGAUGUUCAUGCUGGAACCACGACGAACACAAGUAGCCGAUCAGGAUUGUAUCACAGUGAAUAUAUCGCACACAAUCCGGCACAGGUUUAUCAGCGGGUCCAGGAUCUUGCCUUCUGCUUUUUUGACUCCAUCCAGGUCAUGAUUAUCUUGUGGACUGCCGCUCUGGCAGCAACUGCUGCGGCGCAGUACUUCCCGCCCCCGCCCGAGGGAGUCAAGGUCGUGGAAUCGAAACAUCAGAAGGGAGUCAAGAUUUCAUACAAAGAGCCGGGGAUUUGUGAAACAACACCAGGGGUAAAGUCUUAUUCAGGCUACGUCCAUCUGCCCCCGGGCGCUUUGGAUGAUGUGAAUGUCCAACAAGACUACCCGAUCAAUACUUUCUUCUGGUUCUUCGAAUCUCGUCACAACCCAGAGAAUGCACCUCUGUCCAUAUGGAUGAACGGUGGUCCAGGCAGUUCUUCUAUGAUUGGCCUCAUGCAGGAAAAUGGGCCCUGUGUGGUCAACGAGGAUUCCAAUUCAACGGAGCCCAAUCCUUGGUCCUGGAACAACUAUGUGAAUAUGUUAUAUAUUGACCAGCCAAACCAAGUCGGCUUCAGCUAUGAUUUUCCAACCAAUGGCACCUUUGAUCAGAUCCAAGGUGCCUGGAACCUGUCGGAGUGGACCGAAGUGCCCAAGCAGAACAACACUUUCUAUGUCGGCACGAUAGCCAGCCAAAAUCAGUCGAGAGUUGCUAAUAGUACCGAGAAUUCUGCACGGUCCCUGUGGCACUUUGCUCAGACCUGGUUUACCGAGUUCCCACACUACAAGCCCCAUGAUGAGCGAGUUAGCAUCUGGACCGAGUCAUACGGCGGUCGCUAUGGACCAGCUUUUACUGCAUUCUUCCAGGAGCAAAAUGAGAAGAUCAAGAAUGGGAGCAUUGACACACCGGGAGAGUCACACUACAUUCAUCUGGAUACACUGGGCAUCAUCAACGGCUGUAUCGAUCUCCUAGUGCAGGCACCAUCAUAUCCUGCGAUGGCAUAUAACAACACCUACGAUAUUGAAGCCAUCAACAGGACCGUCUAUGAUAAUGCCAUGGAAGCAUGGACAUGCCGCGAUGCCGACAAGAUCUGCACAAACAAUCUCGAGGGUCCAUACCUAGAGUACGCAGACCGUGGCUACUACGACAUCACCCACAAGAACCCAGAUCCCUUCCCGCCAUCUUAUUUUCUCGGCUGGCUGAAUCAGCAUUGGGUGCAACGCGCCCUGGGCGUCCCAAUCAACUUCACCGAGUCCAGCAACGGCGCCUACAAUGCCUUCAAAUCUACCGGUGACUACCCGCGUUCUGAUGUGCGAGGCUACAUCGAGGACUUGGCGUACGUUCUUGACUCCGGUAUCAAGGUCGCUCUCGUCUACGGCGACCGCGAUUACGCCUGCAACUGGAUUGGAGGCGAAGAUGCCAGCUUGCUGGUCAAUCAUGCUGCGGCCCCCGAAUUCCGCUCUGCUGGUUACACGCCUCUACACACAAGCUCCUCGUCUAUCGGUGGCCAGGUCCGACAGCAUGGCAACUUCUCUUUCAUCCGUGUCUACCAGGCUGGCCAUGAAGUUCCAGCUUAUCAGCCACAGACAGCGUAUGAUAUCUUCCAUCGCGCACUCUUUAACCGUGACCUGGCUACUGGAAAGAUUGAUACUGCAAAAGAUCGCUCCUAUACUACAAGUGGGCCUGCGUCUACUUGGCAUAUCAAGAACAAGGUCCCAGAGAGCCCGCACCCGGUCUGUUACAUCCUUGCAUUGGAGUCGACCUGUACUGAAGAUCAGAUUGCGAGUGUGAUCAAUGGCACUGCUACAAUUCGUGACUAUAUUGUUGUGGAUGGAGAAUAG